AUGUCACGAGAAGAUAAUCAAAUAACACAACAACCGCAAGAAGGUCUUGCGGGUGAGGGUACAGAAGCUUCAGAAGGAUCUCACAGGAUUUUAAUCAAUGAUCCAAUACCAACAAAUCGACCAAUUCCGAAACGCCAUCAAUCGGCUGCAUCACCAAGGAGACGUAAUAAGAGAAACAAGAGAAAAAGUUUGAGAAAACGUCAUUCGCAUCGACGUGCAGAUGAUGACGUUGACGAAAAUCUAGAUGAUAACGAAGACGAUGAGAACGAAUCUGAUCAUGAACUUACUCUUAAAGAUAGACAAGAAGCUAUUAAUAUUACGCAUCCAUUCGGUCUGCGAUUGUGGAAACCUGCAUUGUAUAAGAAGCUACGUACUGUGACACGUAACGCGGAUUCAGCACUUCAUUCUACACCUUCACCGGGUUUAUACCUUAGUUUUGGUAAUAUUCUUUGGGCAAUAUGUUUCGGAUGGUGGUUAGCGUUAACGACAUAUAUGAUAUCAUUUAUAAUGUUGGAGUCAUUUGGAGGUUCGAAAUACGCAAGGGUAUUUCGAGAAUUAAGUUAUUAUAUAUUUUGGCCAUUUGGUAAAUUUGUUGAAAAGAUUGAUGAAAAUGGUGAAGAACAGAAUGAAGAUCAAACCGACUAUUUUAAUCGACGAGAUUCUAAUGACAUGGAAAUCGAAGAUAAUGAGAACAGACCUUUAUUGGGAAGAAGUCUUAAUAUUAAUUCACGUAGAAAUAGUCACUCGGAGAAAUUUAAUUUCUUUGAAAAAUUAGAUGAAAUUGGUCUGUUCGGUGUCAUCUUUUAUUUCUGGUUCUUCCUAGUCAUAGCGCCAUUAUAUUUACUUGUUUCAGCGAUAUGUUGGUUUUCGGUAUUUUCAAUUCCAAUGGCAAGAUUAAUAUAUGUAUUACUUGGACAUUUAAGAAAACACCCAUUAUCAUUACAUUUCAGAUCAGGAUCAGCAUCUAAAACAUCAUCAAAAUCAGAAAUAUUAUUAUGUACGGACAAAGCAUUAGGAUCACAAUAUUACAAGUAUACAUAUGAUGGGAUUAAUAUAUUCUUUAUUAAUUUAAUGUCUAUAGUAUUUUUUGUCAUGAUAGAUGAUUAUUUUCUUGUAGAAAUAUUUUCACCAGAGAAAUAUUUUUUUACCACCCCAGUAUUUAUCUUUAUUUUAUCAUUAAUAUCAGUUAUACCUUUAAGUUAUUUUAUUGGUAUGGCUGUGGCUUCUAUUUCAGCUCAAUCAUCCAUUGGUAUGGGAGCUGUCAUUAAUGCUACUUUUGGAAGCAUUAUUGAAAUACUUUUAUACGCGAUUGCUUUAGAGAAAGGACAAGGUAAAUUGAUGGAAGGUAGUAUCGUUGGAAGUUUCAUGGCUGGCGUUCUCUUAAUGCCUGGCGUUAGUAUGAUUAGCGGUGGUUUAAAGAGAAAGGAGCAAAGGUUUAAUGCUAAAAGCGCAGGUGUGACAUCAACUAUGCUGAUUAUGGCUAUCAUUGGUACACUUACUCCAACCUUGUUCUUUCAGACAUAUGCUCCUUAUAGAAUGACUUGUGAACCUUGUAGCGGAAAUACUGAAUCAAUGGUUGGUUCUUGUCAGGUUUGUACACACUCUGUGGUUGAACCUACCGAAACUUCAAUAUACAAAGAACGCGUCAAGCCAUUAAUGUAUUUUUGUGCUAUAAUUCUCGUAUUGUCAUACUUAAUUGGAUUGUGGUUUACAUUACGAACACAUGCCGCAUUGGUUUAUCAAACGCAUGCAACAAAUCCGCAAUCCAUUUAUCAACGUUUAGUCCCAAUUAACAUUAUCCAACAAUUUCUUCCACAUUCCAUAUCACAUUCACAAACAUCAAAUCAUCCUCAUCCACAAAAUCAAACAAAUAGCUUACAAAAUGCAGCAUCACAACACAUUAGUUUUAUUAGACAUCCUCAUGAACCUGAAGAAGAAGAAGAAAUUGGUGGUCAUGAUUCUCCUAAUUGGGGUAAAGUUAAAAGUGGAAUUGUACUAUUAAGUUGUACCGCUUUCUAUUCUUUGAUCGCAGAAAUCCUGGUUAAUAAUGUUAGCGUAGUUUUAGAUAAUGUUUCCAUAACAGAAAAGAUGUUGGGGUUAACUUUAUUUGCUUUAGUACCAAACGUAACUGAAUUUCUUAAUGCAAUGUCAUUUGCUUUAUAUGGAAAUAUUGCUCUUAGUAUGGAAAUCGGAUCAGCUUAUGCGAUACAAGUAUGUCUUCUACAAAUUCCAGCUAUGGUAGCAAUUUCUGCUUGGCUUAAUCAAGAUAAAUCUGAUGAACAACAAAGGGGUCACACAUUCACAUUGGUAUUUCCUAGAUGGGAUGUAUUUUCUGUGGUUUUCUCAGUAUUUUUAUUAACUUACACAUAUAUAGAAGGAAAGUCUAAUUAUUUCAAAGGAUCUAUAUUAAUUUUGUCUUAUUUAGUAUUAAUGGCUGGAUUUUUCUAUGCUCCUGAUACUGCUUAUGAUAGUUAUAAUGUAUAA